UCGUUCAGGUCACGUGACUCGGAGACGUUUAUUUUUCCCCAGCAAUGGCGCCAACCCGUAUAUGUGCUGUUAUUUGUGGCCCCUCACCGCUCCUGGGACGCCGCGAGGCCCUCCGAGGGGUGUGCUAGAGGGCGGGAGAUGCGGUGCGCGGCGAGGACGUGGCCCGGAGAGGAAAAAGACUCCCCUAUACGUAGAGGCCUAAAGGAGAUAAUGACCCAGAGGUGAAGAGGAGACAAGAAGAAGAAGAAGACGAAGAAGAAGAAGGAGAAAGAGAGUGUGUGUGAGAGUGAGAGUGAGAGUGAGAGAGAGAAUCAAGAGGAAAUAGAUUAAGAAGAGUGAGAGGAAGAGAGAGAGAAGAGGAGAAAACUCAACCUAACCCAAUAUACUGCUGAGACUCAAGGCCCAGCACCACCGGCCACGCCACACGCACCACACCACACCACACCACACACGCACCACCACAACCACCACCACCAUGUCUACACGCAUCAAGAGGCAGCUUAGCAAGAGUGGCAGCGGCGGCGGGGGUGAGGGGGCGGCAGCCGGGGGCGUGGCGGCAGCCCCCGUGUCAGCCGCUGCCGCCGCCGCCGCCACCACCGCUGCUGCCGCCAGACGGAAGCGGCGCGUCGACAACUCUGGUUCAGACGAUGAGGAACGGUCGGUGUGGACCCCAAAGCACCUGGGGGACCUGAGGGCGUACAACAGGUCUGCCUCAGAGGCCCCGGCUGAGCUGUUCCGCAAGGACCUGAUCUCUGCCAUGAAGCUGGCGGACAACGAGCCACUGAGUUCAGACGACUUCUGGGGCAUUGGGGACCCCUGGCGGCAGGAGUGGGAGCGUGGCGUGCAGGUCCCUGUCAACCCAGACUCACUCCCUGUCUCCUCCGUCACUGUCACCGUGCACAAGCCUAUCAAGGAUCGGGAGGCUAACUUCAGGCUAACAAAGGAGAAAUUUAUCCGGGUGAACCACGAUGAGUUUUUCAGCAACGAGCACCACAUCCUCAGCAACCUUCCCACCAAGGCGGAGAAGAUGUGCCGCUACGACAUGGACGAUCUCGACGACAAGUGGCUCACUGCAUACAAUGGAGAGCGUGCCAGGAUGGGAGCGGCCCCGGUGCCUCCGUUGAUCUUUGAGAUGAUAAUGGAGCACCUUGAGGAGACGUGCGGGGAGAACAUCAACAAAAUGCACAAAACGGAGGAAUCUCUCAACAUCGAAUUUGAUGAGGAUGUUAUUUGUGAUGUCUGCCGAUCGCCUGACAGUGAGGAGGGCAAUGAGAUGGUGUUCUGUGAUGCCUGCAACAUCUGUGUACACCAGGCUUGCUACGGCAUCACCGCCAUUCCCUCCGGCUCCUGGCUGUGUCGGACCUGCUCCCUCGGCAUCAAACCAGACUGUGUGCUGUGUCCCAAUAAAGGUGGAGCCAUGAAGUCCACCAAGUCUGGGCAGAAGUGGGCCCAUGUUGCCUGUGCGCUGUGGAUCCCGGAGGUGUCCAUUGGCUCAGUGGAGAGGAUGGAGCCCAUCACCAAGAUACCCAAUAUACCUCAAAGUCGGUGGGCGCUGGUGUGUGUGCUGUGCAGGGAGCGGCGUGGGGCCUGCAUCCAGUGCUCCGUCAAGACCUGCAAGACAGCCUACCACGUCACCUGCGCCUUCAAACACUGCCUGGAGAUGAAGGCCAUUAUUGAGGACGAGAGUGCCGACGAUGGAGUCAAGCUGAGGUCAUAUUGUGAGAAGCACAGCGUGUCGAGCAAGAAGCUGGGAGGGCCGGAGGAGACAGGGGACAGUGAUGAGGUGGAAGACGAGACUGCUGGCUCCCCAAAACGCAAGAAGGACUGGACAUCGGAGCAGAAGAACCAGGCGAGGGCGGCCAAGCUGAGGCAGAUCGAGGCGGAGUUUUACAAGCAUGUCAAUCCAAAGGAGACUGCGAACUUCCUUGACAUUGACCAAGAGACCACAGAGACCAUAUACAAUUACUGGAAGCUGAAGAGGAGGGCAAGCUUCAACAAGGCUCUGCUGACGCCGCGCAGUGAAGAGAUCGACCUUCUGUCACACCAGCAGGAGCACGACAUUGAGAACAUGAAGAUGUGUGUCCAGCUGCGGCAGUACCUGGAGAGGGUGAGGAACUUGUGCUACAUGGUGAACCGGCGAGAGCGUCUGUCCCGGUCAUUCAUCAAGACACGGGAGCAGACAUUCUCCAAGCAGGCGUGUUUGCUGGCUGGCGCACCGCUCAGCCCUCAGGAGGCAGCCGCUGUGCUGCAAGCCAACCAUGGCCCCUCUGUCUAUGACAACAUGUAUUCCCAUCCUGGGGCGCCACGACCCACGCCCAAGCAGUUUGAGCGGCUGGUGGCUCUGAUGGCUGGCACACUGGUGGCCGACAAGCCGCGGCCACCCAAGAGGCCGCCACAGCGGAAGGACGUCAAUGGCCUGGUGCGGCCCAAGAAGGAGCGGCCAGCGGAGAACCCCUACAAGCGCACCUACGUCAACGGCGCAGAGCAGCGCCGCUCCAGGUCUUCCUCCACUGCCACCACCACUGACAGCGACUCAGAUCUGCCAGCCACCAAGUUGAGUCUGCCAGCCAAGGGUCCGGCCCACAACUCGGUGUACACUUCCUCUGAGGAGGAGAUGAACAAGGAGAACUUCUCCCUUAAGGUGGAGCUGCCCUCCCCCAAGGUCAACAAGCUCUUUGACACCCCUGACAAAGACAAGGCAGAGGCAGGGGUGGCUGCCUCCACCUGGGGCCGGCCAGGGCGGCGGCAGCGUGGCACAGGGCGCCCCAACGCACUCAAAAACAAGAGUUACCGGUCAGUGGGUGAAGAGCGCAGCUCACGGGAAUUUGACAACCUGCUGGGCAACACACCCCUCAAGAAGGAGGCAGAGGACCUGCCACCGCCCCGCCUGGAUACCUCAGAGGACGAGGCGGCCAAGGCACAGCCACCACCAGCCCGCCGCCGCAGCAAGAAGAAGGUCACACCGCCCAAAGUAGAAUCCAGCGGUAGUAGCGAGGAGGACGUGCCACCUGCCCCAGCCCCAGCCCCAACACCUGCCCCACCACCCAUGCCAUCCCCCACCCUCACCAAGGACAAGAAACAAGUCUCACGGCGUGGCAGGUGGGGCAGGGCGGGGGUGGGCAAGGAGGAGCCUGGCACAGCCCCAGCCAGCCCCGGGCCAGUGGCUGGGGCAGGCAGUGCGGUGCCCAAACUGGAGCUUAGCGACGAUGAGGAGCUUGCCCCACCCACAUACCGGCUGUCCAGCGAUGAGGACGAUGAGGAUGACUCUGCCGGGCGGCGGGGCGGGGCGAGCAGCGAUGCUGGAGACCACUCUUCGUCAUCCUCCGCCUCGGAGGCCCCCGCCCUGCCCAGCAAGAGUGCCCCAGCCAGUGGUAGUGAGGCAGACAGUGAAGACGGGGCGGACGGUGGGGCAGAUGGGGCUGCUGCGGCUGCCACGCUCAAGACCAAGGCUGCUAAGAAAGAGUUCACGCCCAAAAUCAAGGCACGGGUGGAGAGGAUGAACAAGCGGCGGGGUGGGCGGGGCGUGGCACGGCGGGGCGAAGCAAUGGAGGCGGAGGCAGCACCUGGGCCGCUGCUGGUGCCCCAGAGGAUGGCUGCCAAGAAAGCCUCAGAGCGCAUCACUAGUCAGAACACCACCACCCCCACCCCAACUCCCGCCCCGCAGGACACAUCCGCCCCACCCUCAGAGCCCACCAUGCCAGAGUCCAAGCGCUGCCUUGCACGCCCCGCCAAGGAUGAGGUGGAGGAGCCCUUGGAGGAGGAAAAGAAGACCUCCCCCACCAAGGGCAGGAAAGCCAAGGUGCGGGAACGCCUCCAAGAAGAGGCAGCGCCGGCACCACCACCGCCGCCGUUGCCUGCCACAGAGGUGCCCAAGAAGGCGCUGUUUGAGCCACCUGAGAUCCUACCCUAUGUGCCCAUGCGCCAGGCCGCCCGCAAGGCAGCAGAGAACCUCAAGGGUGGCACCAGCAAGGGCCCUGCGCCGCCCCCCACUGACACCGAGGAGACAGAGCAGGUGGCCAGCCCCACCCCACCUCCCGCCAAGGCCAAGCGCACCUCACGGCAGGAGGCGCGGGUGGCGGGCCGCGCCAAAUCCAAGUCACCCCGCGCUGCCAAGCUGCUGCCCUCCACAGCCACCCCCGCCCCUAGCUCUGCCCCCUCUUCAGUCCCUGCACCCCUGCCCACACCCACACCCACACCAACACCCACACCUACACCCACACCCACUCCCACACUGGCCACAGACUCAGAGUCAGAGAGUUCCCCGGAGAGUCCUGCCCGCCCCUCCCCGCCACGUCACCACUCCACCAGAGAGGCCCGGGACCUGCUCAAGGCAGCCAAGUCCAUCUUCUCCGACAGCGAGGAGGAAGGCUCGGCGGCCGUGCGGCGGGAGCGCCCCAUCACCCUGCCACGAGGGCGCCCCGACCCGCUGCUGGAGGCAGCCAAGGAGGCUCAUCCCGGGGAGCAGUUUUUUCGUGGCGAAGUUUUCGUGCGGGAAUACCAGAGCUCCUCCUCAGACGGGGAAUCUGGGGCAGGACGGCCCUCUACCCCGGGGCGACCCCAGGGUGACGAUGCCCCAGCCAGAGGUCCACACCCGCAGCCCUUUCGUGGGUCACGGGUCUCCGGGGACCUCCACCUCACCUCCUCCUCAGAUAGCGAAGGGCGGGAGGUGGAGAACCAGGCGCCUCCCUCCGGCCCCGGCCCUGGCGCUGGCCCCCGAAGGACGGCCCCCGACAAGAAGCUUAAAACUUCCGAUGGGCGGCCUGAACACGGGUUUCAGCCGCCGACUUCUGAGAGAGGUGAACCCAGAGUGGCCACGGAGGGAGGGCGGGGCAGUGGCCGGGGUGGGGCGGGGUCGCGCCUCAUGCGUCACGGUCGGGCUCAGUGCAGACCGAGAGCUUCUGCUGGUGACCUCGCCCUGCAAGACCUCCCGGGUGACCCUGAUGCGGCAUCCGCCUGGCGAUCCGGCCCUGCCACACGAGAGAGAGACUCGGGGAGAAGAAGAGAGAGAGAAUCUGCUACUGGUGCUCCCGCCCUCUCCCCCCUUGGGGCGCCCCGCAGAGAGGUACAGCCUGAGGAACCUCCCACCCGCCCCACCCUCCCAAGCUGCCGGGAGAGGGUGCCACUCCCCCCCGGCCAAGAGGCGCCGCCAUUAGUGGCUGCAGCCGCUGACCUCCGGGACGAGGAACUAGUACAAAGGCGGCGGCCCAAGGGCAGCUGCAGCAGGGACCCCAAGCAGCCCCGUCCACCCCUCACUGCCUCCCUGGCCAGCGGGGACGAGGCCGAUGCAUCCCCCAACUCCUCACCCACCCCUACCCCCACCAGGCAGGAUACCUCCAGGCUGAGUCCCUUGCCGGGCAGCCGGGGUGAUGAUGAGGAGGAGGAUGAGGAGGACGACGAGACCGAGGUGGUGGCGCCGCUAGACAAGAAGGAGGGCAAGCGGCCCAGCCUGGAGCGUGCAGGCAGCCCCGCCCCACCCCAUGGGUCUGGUCAGGGCCCUGGGGGAGGUAGGCCCAGUUUGAUGGCUUUUGGGUUUGUGGACGAGGAGGAGGUGAAGGUGGAGCGGCUGGAGGACAUAGUGGACACCUCAGAUACAGAAGAGCAGGACACCAAGCGUGUGCGUGUGUGUGACAGUGAGGAUGAGGUGUCCCAGGUGACAGUUGCUGCUGCCUCUGCGGUGGCGGUGGCGGCAGCGGUAGCGGUGGGUGGUGUGGAGGCCCGGGUGGAGCAGCCCAAGGACAGCGGGUACAAGAGUGCAAUAACCACGCCAGAGCCCCUGGAGCGGGCCCUACCCGGCGGCGUGGACCUGCCCGGCCCUGUACAUAGUGUUGUAAAUAGUUUUAUAAUGCCUGAGGACCCCGACUCCAGCAACAGCAGCGGUGGCAAGACCCCCGCCCCUGCCCCUGCACCCCUGCCCUCCACUGCAGGGCCCACCGCCCCUGCCGGCCCAAGCGACAUGAAGCAGCAGCAGCAGCAGCAGCCUCUGAACAAAUUCCUCUCCCCCUCCAAGAGGAAAAACCUGGAGGACGUGAUCGGGGAGGUGAAGCGGCAGGCAGAGGCCCACCUGGAACCCUGCCUGCCCACCACCCCUGCCCCUGCUAAUGCCCCAGCCUCUGCACCCACCCCAGGCCCACCCCCACCAACUGCACCACCCACUGCCCCCACACCACCAUCUGUCACUGGCCCUGGCUCCACCCAGACCUCUGCCUCGGUACCCGGCCCCACCAUGCCCCUGGCCACGGGUCCUGCCCCACUGGUGCCCACCUCCCCGCCCCCUGCAGAAUGCCCUGCCUCUGCCUCCUCAUCAUCACCAUCCAGCUUUGUGGAGCAGUGGCGGGGGCAGUGGAAGAGUCCACCCCCGGCAGAGCGGCAGGUGGAGGGGCCCCACCUGCCACCGCUGUCCCAGCUAGACAUGGCCUCCAUCAUGGACCUGCAGCGGGCCAUGUACACACAGGACUACAACUUCAUGUCCCUGCACUUCAGGUUUGAGCAGAUGUUCCCGCUAGCUUACCUGCAGCAGCGACAGCAGCAGCAGCAGCAGCAGCAGCAGCAGCAGCAGCAGCAGCAGCAGCAGCAACAACAACAACAACAACAACAACAACAACAACAGCAACAACAACAACAACAGCAACAACAACAGCAACAGCAGCAGCAGGGUCCAGGCAGCACAGGGAACAAGGUGAUCAAAUCCCCUCAGCCUUCCCCUGGGGCAGGCCAGAAGAUGGCUGCUCCUCAGGCCUCACCAGGUGCAGGCCAGAAUGUGGCUCCACCCCAACCUUCCCCAGGGGCAGGCCAGAAAGUGGCUCCAUCCCAAGCCUCCCCUGUAGCAGGACUAAAGGUGGUGCCCCCACAGAUCUCCCCAGGGUUGUGCCCCAAGGUGCAGGCCUCCCAGCCUUCACCAGUGGGGGUCCUCAAGGUACAAGCACCCCAGAUGUCCCCCAACACACUCUCGGCCACAGCUCCUGCAGCCUCUCCUGGCAUGGGACUCAAGGUGGCCCCUCCCAGAACCUCCCCAGGCCUCAUACCAUCCCAGGCCUCCCCAGGGGUGCUACCACCACAGCCUUCCCCAGGGACUGGACAGCAGGUGGUACCCCCGAGGUCUUCGUCACCCGGCCCUAUCCCUGUGUGCCUACCCAGCCCCUCCCCCACAUCUACCAAGACACUGCCCCCUACCCCCUCCCCUUCCAAUCUGCAGGGCAGCACCACCCAGAACCAGGGGGCCUCUGAGGCCUCAGUAUUAGCUCCCCCACACGCCUCCCCACUUAGUGAUGUGUCAGUAUUACUGUCCCGCCCCGCCCCUUCCCCUGCCAAGGCGGCCACUCCCCUCCCAUCGCCACCUAACGCUGUGCUGCCACCCAAGAAGGACUCCGCCGUGCCCAACGCCAUGGUGGCAGCCCAGCCCGCUGCCGCCAAGUCUCCCUCCAGUCCACUGCGCGCUGGACGGUCCUCCUCCUCUCCCCGCGCCGCGCCGGAGCCUGUCAUCGAGACCAUCACGCUGGAGGACGGCGAGAGCACCUCGCAGGAGGAAGCUUCGGUUGUGGGGUCCGCUGCGGGCGCCCCGGGUCAGAAGCGUGUGCCUAUAUACAUGCAGGAGGCUGCACGCGCUCCACGUGUGCCAGAGAAGCGGUCCCCGCGAGCGCGCACAGCGUCCCCCCGCUGGAACAAGGAGCCCGUGCGGCCCAGAGAAAAGAGACCCCAGCGACGCACAUACAACAGAGGGCGCGGGCGGGGCGCGGGCGGGCGGGGCCGCGGCCGGGGCCACAGUCCACGCCUCAACUCCGCCUCUGUGCCCAAGGAGCUUCAGGGCACCGUGUAUGAUUUUGAUUUCGACAACGAUUUCGACGACGACGGCCCGGCGGCCAGCACCACCUUAGACGACCUGCGCCGCUCGCGGGAGAAGCGGCAGUCCGUGGACACCGCGCCCCCGCCCGUGCCGCCUUCCCUCACACCCACACAUGCCUCUGCUUGUGAGUCUCGGGAACAGUCCCCUAAGAAAGGCGGCAAGAAGGCUAAAUCCGCCCACAAAGACAAGACUGCAGUCGCUCCUGUCACCGCCGCCAUCGCUGCUGUGGCCAGUGCCGAGGCGGAGGAGCAGGACGACAAUGUGGCCAAGAUCCUGCAGGACUAUCACAACAUGCAGAACUCUCAGCUCCGGCGCAACGCACACUCACCCUCACCGCAGCGGCCCCAGGCGCCUCCUGACGGACCGGCCGAGGCGCCGCAGAUGUUGCCGUACACCUCGGGCCUGGCCGACGAUAAACUGGCGCUCUCUGGCCUGGCCGACGUGCGCGACGAGGCGCAGGUGGAGACAGGCGUGUCAGGGGCACGUGAUGCAGGAGGCGAGGACCUCGCCAAGGCCGCCGUGCCCUCGGCCCAGCUCGGCAUGGAUGAAGGCACCAACCAGCUCAAGUUGAAGAUCAAGGGGCCGUACGCCAACUCAUACUCCAGCAGCAGCGUGGCAGCGCCGCCGCCGCCCGCCUCCUCCACCACCUCCACACUGCGGCGCAUGAGGAAGAAGGAACUGAUCCGCCAGUACUGCUGCCAGGACCAGCUUCCCCCCGCCGAGCACCACGGAGAGGCGGGUGGGGCCCCGCACAGCGCCCCCAGUCCCGCGCUACAGGUGCGGUCCGGCAUCACCAUCCCCAAGGCCGUGGCCUCCAUGACCUCCAUCCCCACGCGCGAGGACUACAAGAUGUACACGCAGGAGGAACCCGGCGGGCGACGUAAACGCCCUUCGCGGGAACUGCGCCACCUCAAGAUAUGGGGCAUCAAAGAGGACGGUGGCGGCAGUGGCGGCGGCGGCGGCAGUGGUGGCGGCGGCGGCGGUGGCAAGCGGAACUCUGAGAGCGGCGAGAAUGGAGACCCCAGCAGGAAGAGGCCGCGGAGCGCUAAGGACGCCUCAGGCAAGGGCGGUCCAUCAGAGGACGUCGCCAUUGCCGUCAACGCCGCCAACGCUGUUGCUGUCGCUGCCGCCGCCGCCAACACUGCCAACGUUGUCAAGCCGCCCAAGCUGAGGAUCAGCCUGGGGAAGAACAAGACCGAAGUGACCACGGUGCCUGCCGAACCCGCGGCUGACGCCGACGCCACCACGUCUGCCACCCACCGCCACCAUCACCACCAUCAUCACCACCACCACCACCACCGGCCGCCAAAGAAGCGGUUGGCGGAGGACAACCCGAUGGACAAGAUCAAGAACGACAAUCUCAAGUUCCGGGAGCAGGUCAUGGCGGAGUUCGACAAGCCUGGCCGCAAGACUGCCGCGGAGCGGGAGCGGCGCGCCAAGAAGCGGCGGGUGUUGGGUGGCGGCGGCGGCGGCGGUGGCGGGUCAGGCUCGGAACAGGAGGACCGGCACGCUGUGGUGAUUGCCGGGGACAGCACCAACCCCUCCAAGCUCGUCAUCCGCAGGUUUAAGCCCAAGAGUGAUGCCCCCUCCCCACCCUCCGCCGCCGCCGCCGCCAACACCAACAACAACAACAACAACAGCACUGCUGCCGCCGCGCCUACUGCUGCCGCAGGGCGCCUUGCGAAGGUGGAAGACGAGCCCAGUCCCUUGCAGACCUCGCUCAAGAUCAAACUGCCGUUGCCCAAGGCUGAGCCCAAGGCAGAGCCCAAGGCGGAGCCCGAGGCGGCGCGGGACACCACCACCGGCAGCAGCAACAGCGGCGGAGGGGGUGGCCGGGGCGACUGCCCGAUGCUCAAGGUUCCUCUGCGCCUCAAACUGUCUCGACGCCCCGACGGCUACGUGGCGUCCAAUUCCCACAGGCGGCCUCCCCCCGGCGUGCUGGACCAGGGUCCCGGACCCCCCAUCCCGCUGCAUCCGCCGGACCUACCCCAGGACACACUGCAUUCUCCUGACGUUCCCAACACCGCCCCUGCGCCCCUCCAGACCACCAUCACCACCACCGCCAACACCACCACUGCACCCACCACCACCACGCCGUCGCGGCCCUCGUCGUGCCGGGGCUUUGCCCCGCUCCCCGAGGAGCGCCGCACGCCGCCACCGCAGCGAGUCCCUGAGCCGCGGGUUCCGCCCCCUGACAGCAGGAUACCUCCCUGUGGCGCUCCGCCCACCUCCCCGCCCCCCCAGGUGUACCAGUACAGCGGCGCUCCACCGCCUGCUCCGUCUGCACCUCCCCCUUCCCUGGGACACGAGCCGCUUGGCCUGGGCCCCCUGGAAUAUGGCCUGGGGGGGCUGGGGCCUCCGCCCGUGCGUCCUGACCACGAGCAGCAGGAGGACGUACUACAGCGGCUUGCGGCGGCGGCGGCGGCGGCGGCGGUGGUUCGUGGCGCUGGUGGACCGCCGCCGCCGCCGCUGCCCACCCAGACGGGGCCGCCGCCGCCGCUGCUGGACGUGACGGGCGUGGCGGGGCUGCGCCACCCACUGUACCCUUUCAAGGAAGGCUCUGACUGCAGAUGAUAAAAGCUGCGUCCCUCUAGUACUAGUGCCACUAAUACCACUACGCUAAGGACUACUACACGUUAAGUAAUAGUUAUGUACUAGUUACUACUACUACUACCACUACUACUACUACUAGAGACAGAGACAGAGAAAAACAAUGUGAGAGAGAGAGAGAGAGAGAGAGAGAGAGAGAGAGAGAGCCGUAACCAUGUACAAAUGUAGAUAGUGUCGGUAGGGGCGGGCGGGCGGGCGGGUGGGCGGGUCAGGAGCGCCUCCCCCUCGUGGGCUGUUCAUCACUUGCAUCUUGUUCAUCACAGCAACAAACAAACAAACAAACCAGUUUUACCGAGCACUGUUCGUCUGUCUGUGUGUCCGUCUGUCUGUCUGUCUGUCUGUCUGUCUGUCUGUCUGUCCGUUUCAUUGAGUACGUUUGGCGAAGAAGGAGGGAAGGCAGGAAGGCAGACGCUUUGGUUCGCCCUCCGCGCCACUCAGGAGGGAGGGAGGAGAGAGGCCCGCCCUUUUUUUUAUAUCUUUUUGUACCAUUGUAAAUAGGAGGAAUGUACAAAUUAAUGUAUUCGCAUUUUUUAUUCUUUUUAUUACUUUUGUACAGAUUUUUUUUUCUUUCUUUCCUUUUAAUGUUUUUUUUCCAAGAUUUUCGUUCGCACUCAUCAUCAUCGUCCGCCUCGUCGCUCGUGUGUGUGCGGAGGAAAAUUCCCUUAUUUAUUUAUUUUAAUCCCUCGAAGCACGUCGUGUCACAAAUAGCGAAGGAACGCCGCCACCGCCACCGCCGCCGCCGCCAUGCCAUCACUCAACCAUGUCUUUCGAAUGUCCCUAAAUAAUGACACUUUUUAUAAUAUAUAUUUCCCAUUUUAUUAUCAUUAUUUUAUUAGUAGUAAUUUCUCUCGCUCCUACACACAAACUCAUUAAUUUUAUGGAUAAGUUGUAUGGGUAAUCCACUCCACUCCCCCUCCACGCCCUUCACGACGAGACAGUGGCGGUGGAGUGGGUGUCUGAACAGGAGUGGUGGAGUGCGCCGCCUUCAGGAACGUCAGGAACAGACUCGUGUGGUGUUGGGCUUUUUUGGAGACAGGAAAGGUGUCCAUGUGUUGAAGUGUCAGUGUGCUGGAAGGACGUGAGAGCAGGACGCCGCCCCUUUACCCUCCAAGGCUCGUAGUGUUAGAGAGAGAAAGAGAGAGAGAGAGAGAAAGAGACAGGCUAAGUGAGUGAUGGAAACUUCAAUAGAGCCGGGCUGUGUCACGGACGGCACCACAGAAAAGUUACACAAAGAAAACCGGUGAAGUGAUAUGUGUUUUUCUUUGUUAUUAUCAUUAUUUAUUGUUUUUAUAUCGUUACCUUAGAUUCUGAAUGAUUUUAUUGUAUUUUCAAAUUUUGUCGUCAUUAUUGUGUUCGCUGCCAUUAUUUUGCCAUUCAUGUACUGACACUAUGUCUGAUUCCCUUACCCCCAUCCAUCCCCUCACACAAACACACACACACACACACACACACACCACGGCCGCGUUGCGUUGCGGGGCGUUUUUCUGUGACGUGUUGGGAGAACCUUUGUAAAUAUAAAAGAAGAAUAAUGUACAUAUAUAAACAAAAAUACAAAAACGUAAAAGAUUUUCUCCACUCACCUCGGGCUCCUCAGAAUACGAUUUAAAAAAUAAAUAAAAAGAAGCGAGAUAGUCUUGUAAAAUCUUUAGUGUCAUGUGAUAACAGUAAAAUUAUUGAAAUAUAAAUUUUUUAUGUUAUAUA